GCCCCUUCAGGGCAGCGGAAGUUUCACUGCUUGCAGGGUGAGCGCGCCUCUGGGUCAGGGCUUGCGAGGGAGCUGCAGCCCACACCGGGCAUAUCUACUGGGCUCCUCCCAGUAGCAAACCAGCCAAGCCAAGCCAGCCUGUGUUGCCGCUAAGGUCCCAUCCCUUCAUUCCCUAGGCGGGAGGGAGGAAGACCUAGGCAAGAGAAUCAUGGAUCUGGAGAACAAAAUGAAAAAGAUGGGCUUAGGCCACGAGCAAGGAUUUGGUGCCCCCUGCUUAAAAUGCAAGGAAAAAUGUGAAGGAUUCGAGCUACAUUUCUGGAGGAAAAUAUGCCGUAACUGCAAAUGUGGCCAAGAGGAGCACGAUGUUUUCAUGAGCAAUGAGGAAGAUCGAAAAGUGGGAAAACUUUUUGAGGACACCAAAUACACUACCUUGAUUGCAAAGCUGAAAACAGAUGGGAUUCCCAUGUAUAAACGCAAUGUUAUGAUCUUGACCAAUCCUGUGCCUGCCAAGAAGAAUGUCGCCAUUAACACAGUUACCUAUGAAUGGGCUCCGCCUGUCCAGAAUCAAGCAUUGGCUAGGCAAUAUAUGCAGCUGCUUCCGAGGGACAAACAACCUGUGGCUGGCUCAGAGGGGGCCCAGUAUCGGAAGAAACAGUUAGCUAAGCAACUCCCCGCUCAUGAUCAGGAUCCUUCCAAGUGUCAUGAGUUGACUCCCAAUGAGGUGAAGCAGAUGGAACAGUUCGUGAAGAAAUACAAGAACGAGGCUCUGGGUGUUGGAGAUGUCAAACUUCCCAGCGAGAUGGAGAUAAAGGCUUUUGACAGGGGUACACUUGAUGGUGGGCACAGGGGCACAACAGCUGCAGUGGGAGCAAUGGAGGAGAAAUCAGCAGAUCAAAAAGAAGACUAUUCCUGCUAUUACUGCAAGCAGAGCAUGAAAGAAGGUGAUCCUGCAGUUUAUGCCGAGAGAGCUGGAUAUGACAAAUUCUGGCACCCUGCCUGUUUCGUUUGUAGCAUCUGCGAUGAGCUUCUGGUGGACAUGAUCUAUUUUUGGAAGAAUGGGAAGCUAUAUUGUGGCAGGCAUUACUGUGACAGUGAGAAACCCCGGUGUGCUGGGUGUGAUGAGUUGAUAUUCAGUAAUGAAUAUACCCAGGCAGAGAAUCAGAGCUGGCAUCUGAAACAUUUCUGCUGCUUUGACUGUGAUUGCAUUCUUGCUGGGGAAAUCUACGUUAUGGUCAACGACAAGCCCAUAUGCAAGCCUUGCUACGUGAGGAACCAUGCUGUGGUUUGUCAAGGAUGUCAUAAUGUGAUUGAUCCAGAAGUGCAGCGAGUGACUUACAACAGUUUUAACUGGCAUGCUACUGAAGAGUGCUUUCUCUGUUCCUGUUGCAGCAAGUGUCUGAUUGGUCAGAAGUUUAUUCCAGUAGAAGCAAUGCUUUUCUGUUCAGUAGAAUGUAAAAAGACGAUGAUGUCUUAAUGAGAAAGCACUAGAUAAUUCUGAGCCAUUGCUAGCUUCCAAAGUGGUCUGCAUUUCUACUGUAAAAUGGAAUUUGGGCAUUUGGAAAAAAUAAAAAAGAGGAAAAAAACCUAGAAUAAGUUGAGAAAUUUUUAUUUCUGUUUCUUUUUCUGUCCUUGCUUUCAUCUUUUAGAAAUUGUAUUAACCACCUAUUCAAUUCUAAAAAUACCAGAAAUGGCAUGUUUGACUUGGGAAAACCAAGUCUAUCUUUAUCUGUUUAUUUCCCUGCCUCGCUUUUAAGAUUGAAAAGAAACAAUUUUAAAAUUAAAUAAAGAACACAUAUGUAUUCUCUCUCAGCUCCUUUUUAUUCAGAUUUCAGGUGAUGUGCUUUUCUGACAGUGGGGAAGGAUUUGAAGGAUAUAAAGUGCUUAUUAAACAAGCAACUCAGCAAAAUUCAUAGCUGCCAUUUAUUUCUAGCCUCUGUAUAUUCAAUGCCCAGUGAUGUGGGGAGAUGUGCCAUUUUCUUUUUUGUCUUGAUCAUUAAUUGAUUUUUGCUCGGAACUCCCCAACCUCACAUUUCAAGUCUAGUAAAAGUUCUAGUCAAUGACCUGUCCUUGAUCUUGUAGAUAUCAUUUGUUUGGGGGUUUUGAAUGUAGCCCAGAACUGCCCACUUUACAAUUCUUUAUAGAUGGGCCUUGGGCUUUUCUUUAAGGUGAUGUGGUUUGAAUUUCAGAUAUUCAGCUAUAGCAUAUGUUGUCAAGUCUAAGAACAUCUGCGUCUAUAUCUCAAGGUAUAUACCAUGGAGCCAAGAGAACUUGUAAAAUGUGUUGAUUGCAGUUGGCAGAUUUGGGAUUUGCUAAACCCUUAAUAUGUUUCUCAUUUCUUUUUCUAAAUGAUAACUAUUCUGUGACAGUUUGUAAUAAUGCUUACUGGUAUGCCUAAUUUCUUUUUCCUCAAAAGACCCUCCCCCCAUCUUAUAUAAUAAUUACCUGGAAUAUUAUUUACAAAAGCAUCCAAAUUAUACAUACCUUAGCGGUGUGUCUGUGCAUGUAUAUUCAAAAUAAAAAGAAACCAAAUCUUUGAUCACUUUAA